UGACUCCCCCACGCUAUUUGAGCGGAGGUUUUCGCCCUGGUUGCUUUAUUUCAUUUUAGCCUUUACACUGAAUAUGUGAAGUUUCCGAAAAAGAUUUACAUUUUAAAUUGUUUUUGUUCUUGUUUUCUCAAAGUGUACAAAAGAUGACUGUAAACACCAACCAGAAAGCACCCAGUGCAGCUGCCAGGCUGGCAAAUCUGCCCGUCGUUCGUUCGGCUUGUGCCAGACUAUCGGUCUUGUACACGGGCACAAAAUCCAGGCAUCCCGGCCUGAAGUCUGCGUGUGAAGUGCUGGAGAGCAGCGUGACAGCUGUAGGCAGAGCAGCCUGUUACAGAGCGUCACCUGUCAUUGUUAAACUGGAGCCCCAGAUUUCCUAUGCAAAUGAUGUUGCCUGCAAGAGUCUCGACUGGCUGGAGGCUUCAUUCUCUGUAAUUGUGUCAUCCACAGAACAGAUUGUUAUCCCUGCCAAAACCAAAAUGAAUGAGAUUCAGGCUGGGAUGAGCAUUGCAGCCAAUCAAACCAUUGACUGGGUGAUGAGGAGGAUGAAUGAUGGCAUUAACCGAUCACCUCUGAAGACGGUCGUUGGUGUGACAACUGUGGGACUGGACACAGCUCUGAGCUUGUCAGAGGCUCUGGUGGACCAAAUGCUUCCCCCAACACAAGAAGAAGAAGCUCGCUUGAUGCAAGGUUUUGAAGUGGUCAUGCUCAGGGGCCAUUACCCUGAGCGACUGUGCUCACUCACUGCUAAAAUGUGUAGAAGGCUUUACCAUGAAGCUGGGUCCAAGAUUCAAGCUGUUCAGGAGGUAAUGAGGAGUUCACCUGGGCCUUCAGCUCUGGUUCAGAACUUGCAGACCAGCUGGCUGAGUGUCCAACGGCUGCCUCAGUACCUGCAGAAUCAGGCGUUCGCUGGGUUUUUCUUCGUCAUUCAGAUGUACAACUUAAACUCCUUGCCAACCCAGAAGAAGCAAUCUAAUCAAGGCAGAGGUUAUCUUCGUACCUCCAUGCCUCAAAGGGGUGUAGCCAGGAAGGGGAGGGCUACCAAGAGGUCUGGAUUUGACAGCUAAUGUAACAUUAAGUAAUGCAUGCGUCAUUGAUGUCAUUUACUGUAACUUUUUGAUAUAUGUGAGCUGAAUUUGUCAUCUUACUGGUCUAAAAUAAAUAUCUGAAGAUUCAUA